GCCCCACGCUAGUGCUCCCAGGCCAGCCCACAUGUUUCCCCUGUCCACAACGGCUAACGUGUCUCCCUCACUCCGCAUCAAGAUAACCCAUCCCAUCGGGUCUUCCCCUGUUCAUGAGCUAUUCAAACAAGUGGCCCAGGUAAAGCAGCGCGGGGUGGGCUUCGGAGCACAUGCUGAGCGGCGCGGGCUGAGCGGCGUGGCGGAGCGAGCGCUCGCAGGGACACACGCAGGGGCUGACAGCUGUGCUGCUGCUGAUAAGCGAAGCCACAAGGAGACGAUCGAGGAGAGAGACAAGCGGCGGCAGCACCAGGGCUGCGGAGCUGCUGGGAGUGUGAGCAGCUCCCCUCCCUCCUGCCCCCCUCCCCUUCUUCCCCCUCCUCGGCUGGAGUUUGGAGGAGCGGCUGCUGUCACCACCACUUGGGAAGAAGAGCCCGGGCUGCCAGGCGGGGAGGGACUCUCUGGCCGGCCAGGUCCAAGCAGCCAGGGACAGAUGCCUAUCGAGAUAGUGUGCAAAAUCAAAUUUUCUGAGGAGGAUGCCAAACCGAAGGAGAAGGAAGAGGGAGACGAGCAGAGCCUGUUGGGGGCUGCGUGCCAGGGGGCACCCCCGAGGGACCUGGCCACCUUUGCCAGUUCCAGCACCCUGCAUGGCUUGGGGCAUGCCUGUGGCAGGGGGCCUCGAGGGCUGCGCAGGAGCCUGUGGGCACUGGCCCUUUUGGCCUCUCUGGCUGCUUUCCUCUACCAGGCAGUGGGCCUGGCCAGAAGCUACCUGGCCCGGCCUCACCUGGUGUCCCUGGACCCAGCCGGGGUAGCCCCAGCCCUGGGCUUUCCUGCUGUCACCCUUUGCAACAUCAACCGCUUCCGACACUCUGCACUCAGUGAUGCUGACAUCUUCCACCUGGCCAACCUGACCGGGCUGCCCCCUAAGGACAGAGAUGGACACCGGGCAGCAGGCCUUCGGUACCCUGAGCCGGACAUGGUGGACAUUCUGAACCGCACUGGCCACCAGCUGGCUGACAUGCUCAAGAGCUGCAACUUCAGUGGCCACCACUGUUCUGCCAGUAACUUCUCUGUG